UCGUCCCGGGGGUGGGGCCGGCGCGGUGGCCAGAGGAGACGAAGGUGGCCGCGGCGGCGGCGGCGGCAGCAGCAGCGCGGCAGCCUCGAACCCGGCCCGGAGUGCAGGGCGGCCGCCGCGGCUCCCGCUCCCCAUCCCGGUGCGUCCGCCCAUGGCGGCCGCGGGGCAGCUGUGGCUGCUUUACCUGUCGGCGUGGCUCCUGCCUCGGCUCGGCGCCGCCUUCAACUUGGACACCCGCGAGGACAAUGUGAUCCGGAAAACGGGGGACCCCGGGAGCCUCUUCGGCUUCUCGCUGGCCAUGCACCGGCAGCUGGAGCCUGAGGACAGGCGGCUGUUGCUCGUGGGGGCCCCUCGGGCGGUGGCCCUUCCCCUGCAGAGGGCCAACAGAACAGGCGGCUUGUACAGCUGUGACAUCACCUCCCCGGGGCCUUGCACACGGAUUGAAUUUGAUAACGACGCUGACCCUUCAUCAGAAAGCAAGGAAGAUCAGUGGAUGGGGGUCACCGUGCAGAGCCAAGGUCCAGGGGGCAAAGUUGUGACAUGUGCUCACCGAUAUGAAAAAAGGCAACAUGUCAAUACAAAGCAGGAAUCCCGAGAUAUCUUUGGAAGGUGCUACGUCCUGAGUCAGAAUCUGAGGAUUGAGGAUGACAUGGAUGGAGGAGACUGGAGUUUUUGCGAUGGCCGAUUGAGAGGCCAUGAAAAAUUUGGUUCUUGCCAGCAAGGAGUAGCAGCUACUUUUACUAAAGACUUUCAUUACAUUGUAUUUGGAGCCCCGGGCACUUAUAACUGGAAAGGCAUCGUUCGUGUAGAGCAAAAGAAUAACACUUUUUUUGACAUGAACAUCUUUGAAGAUGGGCCUUAUGAAGUUGGUGGAGAGACUGACCAUGACGAAAGUCUGGUUCCUGUUCCCGCUAACAGUUACUUAGGCUUUUCUUUGGACUCAGGAAAAGGUAUUGUUUCUAAAGAUGAGCUCACUUUCGUGUCUGGUGCUCCAAGAGCCAAUCACAGUGGAGCUGUGGUUUUGCUAAAAAGGGACACGAAGUCUGCACAUCUUCUCCCUGAGUACAUCUUUGAUGGGGAAGGUCUGGCUUCUUCAUUCGGUUAUGACGUGGCAGUGGCGGACCUUAACAAUGAUGGGUGGCAAGAUAUAAUUAUUGGAGCCCCACAGUAUUUUGAUAGAGAUGGAGAAGUUGGAGGUGCCGUGUAUGUUUACAUUAACCAGCAAGGCAGGUGGAAUAAAGUCAAGCCAAUUCGUCUUAAUGGAACCAAAGAUUCUAUGUUUGGCAUUGCAGUAAAAAAUAUUGGCGAUAUUAAUCAAGAUGGCUACCCAGAUAUUGCAGUUGGAGCUCCCUAUGAUGAUAUGGGAAAGGUUUUUAUCUAUCACGGAUCCCCGAAUGGAAUAAAUACCAAGCCAACACAGAUUCUUGAGGGUAAAUCCCCUUAUUUUGGAUAUUCAAUUGCUGGAAAUAUGGACCUUGAUAGAAAUUCCUACCCUGAUGUUGCUGUUGGUUCCCUCUCAGACUCAGUAGCUGUGUUCAGGUCCCGGCCUGUGAUUAAUAUUCAGAAAACGGUCACCGUGACACCAAGCACGAUUGAUCUCCGCCAGAAAACAUUCUGUGGGGCACCCAGCGGGAUAUGCCUCAAGGUGAAGGCCUGUUUUGAAUAUACUGCCAAACCCACAGGUUACAAUCCUUCGAUAACCAUUUUGGGCACACUCGAGGCUGAAAAGGAGAGAAGGAAAUCUGGGCUGUCAUCAAGAGUUCACUUUCGAAACCAAGGCUCUGAGGCCAAGUAUACUCAAGAGCUAACUCUGACCAGGCAGAAGCAGAAGGAGUGCAUAGAGGAGACCCUCUGGCUCCAGGAAAAUAUCCGAGAUAAACUGCGUCCCAUUCCCAUAACUGCUUCAGUAGAGAUCCAAGAGCCAAACACGCGGAGGAGAGUGAACUCACUUCCGGAGGUUCUUCCCAUUCUGAAUUCAAACGAACCCAAGACAGUUCACAGAGAUGUGCACUUCUUAAAAGAGGGAUGUGGAGACGACAAUGUAUGUAACAGCAACCUUAAACUAGAAUAUAAAUUUUGUACCCGAGAAGGAAAUCAAGACAAGUUUUCUUACUUACCAGUUCAGAAAGGUGUACCAGAACUAGUUCUAAAAGACCAGAAGGACAUUGCUUUAGAAAUAACAGUGACCAACAGCCCUUCGGAUCCAAGGGACCCCGCGAAAGACGGAGAUGACGCUCAUGAAGCGAAGCUCGUGGCAACCUUUCCCGACACUCUGACUUACUCGGCGUACAGAGAACUGCGGGCUUUCCCUGAGAAACAGCUGAGUUGUGUUGCCAAUCAGAACGGCUCGCAAGCAGACUGUGAGCUUGGAAAUCCUUUCAAAAGAAAUUCCAGUGUGACUUUUUAUUUGAUUUUAAGUACAACUGAGGUCACCUUUGACACCACAGAUCUGGAUAUUAAUCUGAAGUUGGAAACAACAAGCAAUCAAGAUAAUUUGGCUUCAAUUACAGCUACAGCAAAAGUGGUUAUUGAACUGCUUUUAUCAGUCUCUGGAGUUGCUAAACCUUCCCAGGUGUAUUUUGGAGGUACAGUUGUUGGUGAGCAAGCUAUGAAAUCUGAAGAUGAGGUGGGAAGUUUAAUAGAGUAUGAGUUCAGGGUAAUUAACUUGGGUAAACCUCUUAAAAACCUUGGCACAGCAACCUUGAAUAUCCAGUGGCCAAAAGAAAUUAGCAACGGCAAAUGGCUGCUUUAUUUGGUGAAAGUAGAAUCCAAAGGAUUGGAAAAAAUAGCUUGUGAGCCACGGAGUGAAAUAAACUUCCUGAACCUAAAGGAGUCUCACAACUCAAGAAGGAAACGGGAAAUUGCUGAAAAACAGAUAGAUGAUAGCAGAAAAUUUUCUUUAUUUGCUGAAAGAAAAUAUCAGACUCUUAACUGCAGCACGAACGUGAACUGCGUGAACAUAAGCUGCCCGCUGCGAGGGCUGGACAGCAAAGCCUCUGUCGUUCUGCGCUCGAGGUUAUGGAAUAGCACGUUUCUAGAGGAAUAUUCCAAAAUGAACUACUUGGAUAUUCUCACACGGGCUUCCAUUGACAUAGCUGCCGCCGCCGAGAACAUCAAGCUGCCAAACGCCGGCACUCAGAUUCGUGUGACUGUGUUCCCCUCAAAGACCACAGCUCAGUACUCAGGAGUGCCUUGGUGGGUCGUCCUAGUGGCCGUACUCGCUGGGAUUUUGAUGCUUGCUCUCUUAGUGUUUUUACUAUGGAAGUGUGGUUUCUUCAAGAGAAAUAAGAAAGAUCAUUAUGAUGCCACCUAUCACAAGGCUGAGAUCCAUGCUCAGCCGUCUGAUAAAGAGAGGCUUACUUCUGAUGCAUAGUAUUGAUCUACUUCUGUAAUUGUGCGGAUUCUUUAAACGCACUAGGUACGACGAUAGCGUUCCCCGCUACCACGCUGUGAGGAUCCGGAAGGAAGAGCGGGAGAUCAAAGAUGAAAAAUACAUCGAUAACCUUGAAAAAAAACAGUGGAUCACAAGGUGGAAUGAAAAUGAAAGCUACUCCUAAAAGGGGCCCAGAAAAGCUUCACAGUACCCAAACUGCUUUCCCCCCACUAACUCAGAAAUCUAAGUGGACUUAGGAGCCCGCUCCAGACCUGAAUGUUACCUUCGGACAGACUACGCACGGUCUGAACUUACGGCUUUCACCGUGGAUGCUGUCGUACAGCCUGAGGCUCCCUGGGCUGGCACAGCCGCAUUUAAGACUGUUGGAGUGGAGUUGGCUUUAACUGCCUUCAUUUAACUUUCCGGGUUGCCUUUGUUUUUGGUGUGGCUGCCUGGCAUGUGCCGGGGCCAGCCGUCCUCCGUAGCUCAGCCUCUGCACCCCUUCUUCCCCUAGGCCCGGGCCGUCGGGAUGGCUGCAUUUCAAUGCCAAGUGCUCUCUGAAGUGAAACGUGCAAUAGGCGAUGUGGCCAUCCUGCCGUCUUUUCCCGGAUGUGUGAAUCCUCCUCACAUCACACGACAUCCUGGCCUCACCCUUCCUGUUCACUAAAACACAUGGCUGCAACAGACUUGAAUGCUAGGUAUACUUACUUGUAUAUGGUAUUUAUUUUUUUCUUUUUUACAAACCAUUUUGUUAUCGACAGGCCAAAGAUUCUCCAGUUUACCCUUCCAGUUGGAUUAAACAAUCAGAAUGUGGUUUGAAUUUAGUGCACACACAAAAAAUCCUUUAUAAGUUAUUACAUCUCCCUUCAUGACAGCCCUCACCCCCCUCCUCCAGACCCAGACUGUUUCAGAAAUAGGAUUUAACCGUAAGAUGUUUAAUUCUUAUCAGUGCAUAUUUUUGAGUCUAGAGCCCUGAGAUCUCCUGCGUAUUUUGUGCUGUAACUUUCAGGAACUCUCGGAAAUAAGGGGUUGGUUUGUUGAACUUUGGCACAGUGUAGGCCCUGCUGCAAAUAAUGUAUCAUCCAGGACUUGAAAGAAAGGGUUGGUGCCUAUGGUGGGUCCAAAUGGAUCCAGCAUGAGUCUACUGAGUAUCUGAUACCAGAAGUCAGAACAUCAUAGGUUUUACAUUUUUAAAUGCUAUUGGAAUCAUUUAAUCAGUGAGUCAGUGUUCUGGUUUUUGCUUUGUUUCCUCCUACCCUGUAUUCCCCAAAAUUACUUGGGACUGUGCUAACUACCAUUUUAAAUGUAAAAAUUAAGUGGCAGAGAAGGAAAACAUUUCUGCACAUUCAAGAGACAUUGAAUAGAUAGGAAAUCUGAAUUUUUAAAAAUUUACUUCAAAAUGUUAAGUUAUAUGGGCAAUAACAGAAAACAGGUGCUAAUUUGUGUGGAUCUAGUAUAAGCAGCAUCUCAGUCCUUUCAGAACAAAAUACAACUGUAUGUGCCACUGUUGCUUCAGAGCGUGGUGGGUUUUUUUUUUUUCUGAAAUCAUAGGCCCUUAAGAUACUAAAGACAUUAUUCUCAUUGUACUUUGGAAUUUUCAUUCACAAAAGAUAGUCUUACAAACGAUACUUUGUUUACAAAAAUUUCUCUAAAACAGGUCAUACCAGUGUUGAAAUCUCCGUUUCUUGCUUAGGUAGGUAACUUGUAACCGAAUGCACUGGCUUUAUAGGUUGCCAGGCAGCUGAUAUUUUGAAAGUGUCUAUAGACCUCUGUUUAAAAAAAAAAAAAAAAGUCCUAAAAGGGAGGGAGGAGGUGGAGGGCUGGUUCAACAACAAAGAAUGUAAUGGUGUUUGUUAAAAACGUCAUCUCAAGUCAAGUCACUGGUCUGUUUGCAUUUGAUACAUUUUAAUACUAACUAGCACUGUAAAAUUAUGAUUAGAAAAUACCUGUGGAUAUUUGUAUAAAAGUGUGAAAUUUUUUUAUGAAAGUGUUCAUUGCUUAGUAACACAUUAUGUAUGUGAAACAAACUCUAAAAUUAUAAAAAACCUGAAUUGCUUUUUUUAUUUUAUGGAGCCAAACUCAAGUUUUUGAUAUUUUCUGUGAUUGAGGGGUUUUUUCCCCCCCUUUGGGCUCUAUUGCACAGUUGUCAAAAGAAAAUGAUCUUAAAGAUGGUUUUAUUCAAGAUAUCUACAAACUGGGAGAUGUCAUUUAGCAAUGAUACCAUGGCGUGAAGAGUAAGAGUUCUUAUGGAAAAGUUGCUUUCUUCUGAGAAGAUAUUUUGGAUGUGAGCGCAGUUCUGCUGUGACAUUAUUUAUCGCCAAGGACUGAUUGGGCAGAACUGACUGGCCUGAAAAUAUUUUCUUCACCAAAGGAUUUUGUUUAGAUUUAAGCAAUUUUAUGAGCUUUCUCUAGCUGGAUUAUCACAAUCUAAUAAAUGAAAAUAAGGCAUGUAUAUAGAGCUCAGAUAAUAUAGCAUGCCCUAUCCUGAAUAAAUUUCCAAUGCAAAAUGUCUUAUCUGUCUAGUAACUUAAGUAAUGGUUUUCUACUAGGUAUUAUAUAGUGAAUCUUAGUCUUCUUAGUUCUUUGGGUGGCAAAACCAGUCUGAUCUUCAAAGAAAUGUGAUGGGUAUUUUAAUGACAGACCAGUGUGAAUGAACUUCUAUUCACAGUCCCAUGGACCUACCCAGAUUAAUGACUAUAAUAUGUAACCACCAUAACCAUUCAAAGUGUCUUGGCUAGGGCAUAAAUGACCUGUGCUGGACAUCAUGGCAAUGGCUUUAUGUGAUUCUUUCCCUUUCUCUCCCUCUUAAAAAAAUCCUGCAGGAAUGCCCAGGAGUGACAGUAGUAGAUAAAUAGGAAUAUCCUUGGAUCCAUUUACAAACAUUGACAUGUUGUUACUUGCCCCAGUCUCACAAUGGGUCAUGCCCUUGGGGCUGAGACUAUUUCGGAAUAUGGGGUGGAUGUACGUGGUAACGCUUUAAAUUGUCCAGACCACGGAAGUAAGGGUAAGAUCAAGCCUUCUACCCUAAAUGAAAACAUCUUAAUGAGAACUGAUCUCUGGCACACUACCCCAUGAAAGGACAAUGUGGGAAAACAUUGGGAUUAAUAGAUUUUGUUUUAAAGGAAGAAAAGAGUGAAAUAUUCUAGGUGGCUGGGUUCCACAGAAGUACAACCUGAGGGCCGAGAAAACAGGAAUGUAUGACAGUUGUGACCAGGAGGGGUAGCAUAAAGUAAGUGGUUAAAGGCAGUUCCUUAAGACCAAAAGGGUCUAGUCAUGGUUCAACCACUGAGGAAAAGACAAGGUUCAAAGAGAUGAAGAAAAUGAACUUCAGAGUGAUUUCAAAACAGCAGCUACCACAAAAAAGCCAAUAGCCUCUGUUCUUCCAGUAGCUCUUGCUUAUGGUCACAUGGCAAGUAAGUGUUUUUUUUCCUUUUGUACCUUUAAAAAAACAGGUUUUGCUGACUCUGAAAGGCAUCUGGCCCAGCUGUUAGGAUGGGGGAAGCAGUGAGUACUGGUGGCUGAGGCCAGCUCUGCAGAGGCGUUAACCAACAGGCCCAUCUAGAAGGAAAGUUGUAAAGGGAUUGAUUCAUGGUUAAAAUCCUCUAAGAAGACAGAAAUCAGAAAAAAACUAGUCUAGCACAGUGCAAGGGUGGACCACGUGCCACACAGUGCAUAACCAACCAGGGAAUGGUUAAUGAGGACACUGGAGUGAGGGAGUUAAGUGCAGUUUCUGUAGAGUCAGCAGGGCUUAAGGGCCUCUGUCAUCUCUUCUCCCUCUCCCCAAAGCCUUCUCAGUCCGACUGCUCCAUGGAAAUGGGCAGCGACAGACCCAUGUUAGCAGAGGUCAGAUAAAAUUUUACUAUUCGUACUUCUAGAACGUUCACAAAGUCUCAAUCUACAUGGAUGGCAUGUACUUCAUUAUCCAGAGCUUAGCACAUAAGUAUUCAAUUCACCAAUAACCAGUAGAUAGAUGUGAGUGUUCUGUUAUUGUGAGGGAGCCUGGGUGGCUCAGUCGGUUGAGCGUCCGACUCUUGGUUUUGGCUCAUGGUCAUGAGAUCCAGCCCUGUGUCAGGCUCCAUGCUCAGCGGGGAGUCUGCUUGAGAUUCUCUCUCCCUCUGCCCUUACCCCCAUGCGUGCUCGCUCUCUCUCUCUCUCAAAUCUUGAUAAAAGAUCCUGUCAUUGUGAAAGAGACAGAUGUAGUUUAAUAAUUGAUAGAUGAAUGGAUAAAGAAGAUGUGGUAUAUAUGUUCUAUGGAGUAUUCUGCAGCCAUAAAAAAGAUUGCCAUUUGUGACAACAUGGAUGGAACUAGAGGGCAUAAUGCUAAGUGAAAUAAAGACAGAUACCAUAUGAUUUCACUUACAGGUGGAAUAUAAAAAAACAAGGCAAACAAAGUAGAAACAGACACAUAAACACAGAACAAACUGGUGGUUGCCAGAGGGGAGAGGGGUGUGGAGAGGAAACAAGAAAACAGUGAAGGGGAGUGGGAGGGACAGGCUUUCAGUCUGGGAAUGGAUAAGUCACAGGGAUGAAAGACACAGCAGAGGGAAUAUAGUCAAUAAUGUAACAGCAUUUUAUGGUGACAAAUGGCAGCCAUACUGGUGUUGAAUGCGACAGUAUAUAGAGUUGUCUGAUUACUAUGUUGUAUAGCUGUAACUAAUGUAACACCAUGUGUUAACUGCACCUCAAUAAAAAACAA